AUGAAGAAGAUUGUUUGUGUUGCUAUAGUUGGAAAAGGAAACAAUCCAUUAUUUAUUCAAGAUUUUUCAUCAAGUAUUACAGAUGAAAACAAAUUAAAAUUACAUUAUAUAGUUCAUUGUUCAUUAGAUAUUAUCGAAGAUAAACCUGGUGUACCAACAUCAAAAAAACUACCAAGCGAGAUGUAUUUAGGUUUAUUAUAUCCAACCGAAGAUUAUAAAGUAUAUGGAUACUUAACAAACACAAAGAUUAAAUUUAUUAUAGUGGUUUUAGAUAAUUCAGAUAUUAAAGACUCUGAUUUAAAAAUAUUUUUCAAAAGAUUACAAUUAUUAUUUAUAAAUACAACAAGCAAUCCUUUUUAUAAACCAAAUAGUAAAAUUGAAUCAAAAAAAUUCCUUCAAGACGUUACCAAUCUUGUACCAUCAUUGUAA